UAUAUACAAUAAAAUACGAUUUAUACAGUAUAACACAAUUGUUUUACACUUUGAAUAUAAUAUGAUUUCUAUAUAAUAUUAUAUAUAUUAUUUUUAAUUCCAUUUUGUGUUUGUGUACAAUUAAAGCGUUUAUAAAAUCAACAUUAUCCGUUACAACACUUGACAUUGGUUUACAUUUCCUAUUGAAUUAAUAUUUAUAUUUAUAUACGUUCUUAGAAAUGUCCUGUAUAUAUAUAUAUAUAUUUAAAUUUAGAAAAGAACUUUAUUCUAUUGUACAUUUUAUCUUCGCAUACAUUAUAUUCAAUUUGUUGUAUCAUCAUGCAAGUAAAAUUACCGUGGGUGUUAAUAUGUAUUCAAUUGUUAUUAGUAUUAUCAGCAGUUAUGUAUAUGCAGACAGAAUCCACAGAGAAUAAUACCAAAAUAAUGAAUAAAAAUCUAUUGGAAGAUGUAAUAUUUAAAUUUGAACCAAACGACACAUCGUUUCAAACAUCCCUUUUAGAACGUAGACAACAGUAUGCAGAAAUUAUUAAAGCUAUUGAAAAAAUGGAUUCAUAUGAUAUGAGAUUUGAAACGAUAAUAUUACUUACUAAAGAUAUUAUUGAAUCUAGUCAAAAUAGUUCAACAUUAGUAGAAAAUUAUAUAAAUGAUGUUCCUGGUUAUGAUUUAAAAGAAUGUAUUAUUGGAGAUGCCUUGUUUACAAUACUAGAAAACACAGCUUUUCUUGGAGAUAUAAUUUUUCAUUUUCCGGAUAUUAUGCAGAUAAUAUUAACAGGUAAUGAAGAAUGGAUGGAAACGUUAUAUUCGUCUUUUCAUUUUGCUCAUAAAAUGAAAUAUUUGUUUGACGAACAGACGAUUUCUAUCAUUUAUUCAGCACAAAAAGAAUUAGGUUUUAAGAAAUGAACGUUUGGAUUUAUUAAUUUCAAUUUGUAUGUGUUAAGUCUAAAAUUUAAUUUAAUUUAAUUUAAUUUUUGUGUGGUAUAUCUUUCCAUUUAGAAUAUUCCAUUUACAUAUAUAAUAUUAAUAUAAAAUAGUGGAAUAAUAUUUAUCAAUCUAAUCAUAUACAUUUAUUUCAAAUGGUGAUUACAAUUGUUGUAAUUAGAUUUUUGAAUACAAUUAUAGUUUAAAUAUGUACAGCUCUCUGGACAAAAGAGAACUUUUAUAAAUGAACCAUUUGCUAAUUGUUUCUAUAAUAUAUUAAUUAAUAUUUUCAAUGACUAAAUAGAUUAAAAUCUUAUACUUUAUAAAUAUAUUUAUGUAAGUACUCAAAAUUUGCUGUAUCGCAAAUUGAGUAAUAAGAAAUCGACAUUGUUAACGUUUUUCAAUACUUCAAAACUUUAACGAAUCAAUUCGCGAUAUAACAGAUUUCGUAUUUUUACCAAUAUAUACACAUAUAGAAUAAUAGAAUAAUAGAUAUAUCAUUUUUAAUUUGUAAUAUUUAUCAUUUAGAGAACUACAAACUCUCUGCAUGUUUCUCUUUGGCACAUGAAUUCACUUUUACUUCAUUUGAAACAUUUCUUAUAACUAUUAACAAAAAAAACAAAAAAAA